CUGGGUCCUGGUCUGGGUCCUGGUUCUAGUCUGGACUGGAGUCAUUUUCUUCUUUUUUUGUUAUUGGUCAGACACACACACACACACACAUAUUUCUUCAUGUUUCAACAUAGGGUGUGUGUGUGUGUGUGUGUGUGUGUGUGUGUGUGUUCUCUGAUCCUAGUGUUGAAACCAGGUUUCUUCACUCACAGACAGAAGACAACACACACACACACACACACACACGACAAAAUUAAGAAAUCAGAAAAGUGCGUUCUGUGAACAGAAUCCAGGAGCACAGCAGAGGAAAUGCUGCCCCCAGCUGGACAGAGUUUAAACUGCAGCCGUGACUUUUUUCACACCACUGAAUCAUUUUUCUGUUUAACUUUUUUUUGUCUCCGUUGUUGUUUUGUGCACGCGCGCUCGUGUGCUCGUGCACGUGCAGGUGCAGCCCGUCCUGCAGCCUCUCCGUCUCUCCCUGGACAAACUGAGGGACGUUUCCUCUCGUCUCCACAAAGGCCUGGUCCAAGGUCUAGGGAAACACUCUCACCACAGAGCUGCAGUCAAGAUGCUGCCGACGUUCGUCAGAGCGACACCUGAUGGAACAGAGAAAGGUGACUUCCUGGCCUUGGACCUGGGGGGGACAAACUUCCGUGUUCUUCACGUGCGGGUGCUGCAGGCGGAGCAGAAGGUGGUGAAGAUGGACAGUCAGAUCUGUGUGGUCCCCAAAGACAUGAUGACGGGAGCAACACAACAGGUGAGGACCAGGGACCAGGGACCAUCAGUAAUAGUUUGUUUGACUCGUGUCUGCUGAAACCUGACCUUUCAA